GAAGGGUAUGGAGUGGCUGCGAUGUGGUCACCACGUCCACGUUGUGAGCACUUGUACUCAGAGUCGUGCAGCUUGUAGGAUGCUGUACUACCUUCUUCUUCGAGCUGUAAGCACUCAGCAGUUAGCAGGUGUAUCACCCAAUAAGCUUCAUUUCCUUCAGCAUGACUUUUUUGUACCUGAAGGCAGCAAGAAGGCCCUCGACGACUUUGUAAAGGCUGCAACCAAAGGGUCAUUGUAUGUCCUCGCAGAUGAAGCGCAGUGGAUCGUCGAUAUCAACAUAUUCUGUGAUGAAGUGCUGAGACAAGUUCCUCUUCUUCAUCUGUGGGCGGCAAGCUAUUUCUUUAAAAACACUCCGGCUGGCUGGCAAGUGGAAUGUUUAACCAGACCUCUCCGCUCUCCACCGGCCGUCGUCAGGGAAGUGGAGCAGGACGCAUCAUUUGUUAGAGAUGGCGCUGUCCAAAGCGUACACUGAUCGUGGGGUGGCCGACCACACAGACGGC